AUAAGCACGCAGUAAAACGGUCAGGGCUCUAACGCAAUACAAAGCCGGAGAGAAGAGGGCUGGAGCUUAUUAUCACCAUCUUUUUUAUUCAUACCUACACAUUUACGCCACCAAGUUUGUAGAGAAUGGAUCGAUACCAGAAGGUGGAGAAGCCGAAAGUGGAAACGCCGAUUGAUGAAAAUGAGAUUCGGAUUACGAGCCAAGGAAGGAUGCGUAGCUACAUCACUUACGCCAUGAGCUUGCUUCAGGAAAAGGGUUCGGAUGAAAUAGUGUUCAAGGCAAUGGGCAGAGCCAUCAACAAAACUGUGACAAUCGUGGAGUUGAUCAAGAGGAGAAUUGUUGGUCUUCACCAAGUUACAGCAAUUCAAUCCACUGAUAUAACCGACACAUGGGAACCGCUGGAGGAAGGGCUUCAAACCCUGGAAACCACAAGGAAAGUUUCGAUGGUCACUAUUACUCUCUCAAAGAAAGACUUGGAUACAGCAAAUAUUGGGUACCAACCUCCGAUACCAGCUGACCAAGUCAAGGUCUUCACGGAAGUUGACUAUGAUGGAGAGGGGUCACCUCCAGUCCGAGGAAGAGGCCGAGGUGGCAGAGGGAGGGGCAGGCCUAGAGGACCACCUGGAAAUGGUUUUGCACCUGGUGGCGAGUACGAGGAAGGAGGCUAUGAGAGGAACCGUGGGUACCCUAGGGGGGGAAGGGGGCGUGGUAGAGGUCGCAGUUUCCGUGGCCGUGGAAGGGGAGGGUUCAAUGGCCCACCUAUGGAUGCUAAUCAGGAUGGUGGGGCCUACAACCAAGAUGCACCAAGAGGCUACAACCAAGAGGGUCCACGUGGUGGUUACAAUCAAGAGGGCCCACGUGGUGGCUACAAUCAGGAGGGCCCACGUGGCGGCUACAAUCAGGAGGGCCCACGUGGCGGUUAUAAUCAAGACGGCCCACGUGGCGGCUACAAUCAAGACGGCCCACGUGGCGGUUACAAUCAAGACGGCCCACGUGGCGGUUACAAUCAAGAAGGACCACGUGGUGGCUACAACCAGGAAGGACCGCGAGGUGGCUACAAUCAAGAAGGAGGACCAAGAGGCCGUGGCCGUGGAAGGGGAGGCAUUCGUGGAAGAGGUCGUGGGUUCAGAUCAAACAACGGGCCGGUCCAAGCUGCUGCUUGAGUUGCUUACGUGUUUGCAAACUUGGGGUGGAGUUAUUUUAUGAGGACACUUUGAUGUUCUAUGAGUUGAUUGAUACACCCCUCGUUUCCUAUGUUUUUUUUUUCCCGGUAGUUUUUUAUUUAUUAGUUUUUUAACUUUUAUUAGGAUGUUCGUCUGUAAUUGGUGUAGACUAACUUGGGCCGCGCGUGCGUGGUGAGCCUUUUUGUUUUUUUCCUUUUCAGUUUCCAUAGUUGUUUUAGUGUUUUUGCUUAAAUGAAUCAAGUGUAACCUUAUUUUGGUGAGGAGUACCUUAUUCUUUAAUUUGUAUGUCUGUUGCUGGAUUUUUUUUCUUCGAUAACCUAUAGAUGGGCAUCCUUUGAAA